UUCACUCAAUGCUGUGUCAACUCUGGACAACUUUGCUGAGCAGUGAGGCAGAGAUGGACUUCACCAGCUUACUUGGUCUCUGUGGAAAUGAGUUGCAGCUUCCAGUCCAGGGUGAAAUACGAGUGUUUGAGAGAGCAGAAGAAGUGAUGAAGCAGAGUCUAGAGAGGGUUCAUCUCUGUCUACACUGGGAUCAGAGAACUGUUCUCAGUGAAGCUCUCAGCAAAACCAUCUUAAAGUGUCUACCAAAUAUCAUCAAGCUCAGGUUUACCCCUCUACAACAUCAGAGAGGAUCCCUUGAAAGACUGGAAACAGAAGAGAAAGCAGCCCUACUAGAUUUGUGUCUACAAGCAGCACUAGAUCACAGAGAAACGUUCCAGAGAACUGUGAACACACUGCUGUCACUGUUCUCUGUGUAUCAAACUGAGAGAGAUGACAUCCUGCUGGAUCUGUACUCACAUGUGAAGUACAAUAGGAAUCAAACAGCCAGGAGUGUCCUUCCAUCAUUGAAGCCACUUUACCAGUCAGCCAGUCAUGUAGUCUGGUCCAUAGACCUCUCAGAGAGAAAGGCCUCCCUCCUCCUAGAAGUGCUGAAACUCCAACCAGAGAAGAAACCAGUAGAGCUGAAGGGCUGGUCAGAUGAAGAGAGUGAAGUGAGGAGUUUCCUUCAGUGUCUGCCCUACAUCUCACAGCUGAGAUUUCCUCCACUGAAGGAUAAUGUAGAGAGGAUAAAGAGAGAGAAGACAUUCCUACUGGAUCUGUGUCUUCAAGCAGCUCUCCAUGAGAGAGGAACCAUACAAACAACUGUAGAGAAAGUGUUGUCACUGUCUGAAGUAUAUCACUAUCAGAAAUGUAAUUUCCUGCUGGAUCUGUACUCACAUGUGAAGGACUAUGAGACUCAAACAGGCAGGAGUGUCCUUCCAGCAUUACAGCCAGUUUACCAGUCAGCUCCUGCAGUCUGGUCCAUAGACCUCUCAGAGAGAAAGGCCUCCCUCCUCCUAGAAGUGCUGAAACUCCAACCAGAGAAGAAACCAGUAGAGCUGAAGGGCUGGUCAGAUGAAGAGAGUGAAGUGAGGAGUUUCCUUCAGUGUCUGUCCUACAUCUCACAGCUGAGCUGUGAUGAUGACAGGUUCUUCCAGACUGUGUGUGAAUCCAUCCCUGUGAGGUCCAGAGAGGAGGACCAGCAGUUGGCCUCUCUCCUCCAGGCCUUGGGCUCCACCCUGUCACUGGGAGGAGAGUUACCCAGGAAAACCUGCAGGUCUGUGGGGAGAGUCCUGGGUCUCUGUGCCUCCAGAGUGGACCUCACUCUCACCCCCAGCAAGAUCUCUCUCCAAGGAGCCUUACUUCUUUUGAGACAUGAGUCAAAGCUCCACAAGCUCAGGCUGAAUGUGGGUAUGGCAGUGAAACUGUCCAGACUGGUUAGGAGGACAGAGAGAGGUGCUACUCCUAGGACUGUCCCAGAACUCUCCCUGGUCCUAAAGAGCAGCCAGCCACCAGAGAGAGUGUUAUCCAGGGCUCUGAGUAGUGUGGCGUCCCUGCUGAGACUCUGGAGGGUUCAGUGUCUGGACCUGACUGACUUCUGGAUCCAGGGUCACUCUCUCAUCACACUGCUGUGUCACCAGGGACCUCUCUCUCUCAGACUGAACUCAGACACUCUGCAGCAGCUGACUGUAGUUGUGUAUGAAGCUCAGGACAAGGACUUGACUCAGUGGUUCCUGGAGAAGGUUGGUGGAGACCUGACCUCCUGCAGGCUGGACUGGGAAGUGCUUCUCUCUCUGCUGCAGCAUUCAACCCACAACAUCACUGUGGACCUCAGGAAGAACGGGCUUCUAGAGAAGAACAUCUCAGAUCUUCUCCCCUUUCUGGGAAGAGUUACUCUCAAGAGGUCCAGUUCCAGCUUUGUAAAGUCCUCCAUCAGACAGAUCUAUGACAGUAGAGACAGUGACUGUGUGUCCAGUUUGUUGAGGUCUUCAGACCAUUGGAUCAACCUGAACAGCAGAGAGCUGGACAGAGUGGACUGUACUGCUCUGUGUUUUACCCUGCAUGACAGCCACUAAGUCAAAGUCAACCUGCUGUGGACCUCCAUACCACCGGGGGCGAUAGAGAGCAUCCUGCCUCUUCUGGACAGAGUCUCCCAACUCAGUGUUGACAGGAAGUUACUGUUGAGUUUCCUCCAGUGCUGUGCUGCCUCUCAGAUCCAGCAAGGGGCACCAUCACCACCAACAGCAGUAUGGCUGCUCAGGUCUCUGCACUACAGGCUGGACUUCUCCUGCUCCUCCUCUGUGGACCUGUCAGCUCAGGACCAGGGGGAGGCUCUGUGUCUGACCACUGACCACUGCAGGGCCAUCAGCUCUGUUCUGAAGCAGAACCAACACAGCACCCAGCUGGUCCAGAACCAGGUCCAGCUCAUCCUAAGAGACUGUGAGGUGGAGGACAGAGCACUGAGAGAGCUGCUUCCCAUCCUGCAUAUU